GGCCUCACCAUGAGCCUGCGGGCGGCGCGGGCCGCGUGGGCCCGGGGCUGGGGCGCCGGUUGCCGCCGCGGCGCCGCGGACUUCCCGCUGCCCCCGCCGCGCGCCGUGGACGUGGCGGAGCUGCUGCGAGACGCCACGGCCGCGGAGGAAGAGCCGCGGGAGGCGGCGGCGCGGCGGCCGCCGGGCCAGUGCUCGGUGCUGCUCUUCCCGGGCCAGGGCAGCCAGGUGGUGGGCAUGGGCCGGGGGCUGCUCCGCUACCCGCGCGUCCGCGAGCUCUACGCCGCCGCCCGCAGCGUGCUGGGCUACGACCUGCUGGAGCUGAGCCUGCACGGGCCGCAGGAGGCCCUGGACCGCACGGCGCACUGCCAGCCCGCCGUCUUCGUGGCCUCGCUGGCCGCCGUGGAGAAGCUGCAUCACCUGCAGCCCGCGGUGAUUGAGAACUGUGUUGCUGCUGCUGGAUUCAGUGUGGGAGAAUUUGCAGCCCUAGUGUUUGCUGGAGCCAUGGAAUUUUCUGAAGGUUUAUAUGCAGUGAAAGUCCGAGCUGAGGCCAUGCAGGAAGCCUCGGAAGCUGUCCCCAGCGGGAUGUUGUCUGUCCUCGGCCAGCCUCAGUCCAAGUUCAACAUCGCGUGUUUGGAAGCCCAGGAGCACUGCAAGACUUUGGGCAUAGAGAGCCCCGUGUGCGAGGUGGCCAACUACCUCUUUCCUGAUUGCCGGGUGAUAUCAGGACAUCUGGAGGCGCUGCAGUUCCUGCGGGAGAAUUCCUCCAAGUAUCACUUCAGGCGCACCAAGAUGCUGCCCGUUAGCGGGGGCUUCCAUACCCGCCUCAUGGAGCCGGCCUUGGAGCCCCUCGAACAAGUUCUAAAGUCGAUCGGUGUCAGGAAGCCUCUGGUGUCUGUCCACUCAAACGUCGACGGGAACAGAUACAUGCACCCCAGACACAUCCAGAAGCUGCUGGUGCGGCAGGUGGUCUCCCCGGUGAAGUGGGAGCAGACGAUGCAUGCCAUUUACGAGAGGAAGAGGGGCACGGAGUUCCCCCAGACUUUCGAGGUGGGGCCCGGGAAGCAGCUGGGAGCCAUCCUGAAGAGCUGCAACCUGCAGGCCUGGAAGUCGUACCGGCACGUGGAGGUGCUGGAGGAUGGCGGGACCUAGACCGGGCCCCUGCCCCCGCGGCGGGGUGGCAGGGGCGCAGCUUAGGAGGGAGAAGGGGACCCAGUCGGCGCUGCAGCGGGCUUGGACCUGCCCCGUCUGUCCCUAGGCCUCCUCGUCCAAGUGACUGGAACACUGUUUGCAAAGUGCUUUGAAGGCCACAUAAAAAGCCCAAAAGCGAGUAUUUCUUGACCUGCCGAGGCCCGUUUCUUCCCCUGAGAUAUGUUUCAGGGCUGGGGGGAAGCUGCAGCAGGGCCAGAAGAGUCCCGGGGACCCCAGAGGCAGAUCUCACACCUCUGGGCCUGUCGCGCCCUACCCCAUCACCACGUGGGGACCAUCUGCAUACUGGAGUGGCCACCAGGCAGGCUAGUGCCAGAGGGGCCCCCAUUGCCCCGUGAGCCCGUGUGUCCCCACAGCCGGAAUCUGAGCCCUUUAGUCACUGGAAGCAAAGGGCUUCCAGACGUAGCUGGCCUUGGCAGCCAUUCUGUCCAUCCCACACUCUGUCGCUGGGAGACUCUGUCCCGCACCAGUUUAUCUUCCCAACAGCCAGUACUGAGCACCUGCCAGCUACCUGUGAGUGAGCGGCCUCCCCCCUUGGGGGGAAGAGGUCCUUAGCCAGGCAGGAAGCGUGUAAGGAGGCUGGCUGAGGGCCUGGUUUCCCUGAAGACGAUGAUCGCUAAGGAUCUGCUCGGUGCCUGUGACCUCCCAUGGCACAGCCACACCCUGGGAGCAGACCAGGGUUCUGGACAUGGGCGGCCCCGCUGAUGACAAGCAGAAGUCACGUUCUGGACGUCUCGGUGGCUUUUUUCCUUCCCAUCAGCGAUAGUGGGAAACUCGUCCGGGUAUGAGAUCUCUGUGUUUGUCCAUAAAUGCUGGCUGUGGUGUAGACGCCUUGUCAAAUCAGGGGUAGCUUUCGCAUUUUCAGUUCUGCAGGGUUUCUCAGCAGGGGUGCCGUCAGCCUCUGCACAGAACUGGCCUUCUUUGCAUGGGACUAUCACGCACAGCGUGGGCCGCUGUCCUGGCUCCCGGCCGCUCUGCGCCAGGAGCCCUUCCAGAUGUCAUGACCCCCCCAACAUGUCCACAUGUGUCCACAGCCCUGGCCGAGAGCCCUGCAUAGAACGAGGGAAACUGAUCUGUCCCAUGGCCUGAGUCUGUGUUCUCAGACAGAGUUCAGUGGAGAACAAUCUCUUAAAACUUCCAUUUUAAGAAAUUUUCAAACAUU